UACGGACCUAGAACUAACAUUCAGAAACUCUGGGUAAACCGCCAAGACAUUACGACAUGUACGACAUUAUAAAUAAAUAGAUUUUAUAAUUUUUAUGUUUAUAAGUGAUUUAUAUAUAUUUUUUAUUUUUCAGGAAAUGGUUCAAGCCAAGGACCCUCCUUCUUAUUAUUUAAAUAAAUUACGUACAUAUCUUGAUCCUAAGGCAUCUCGAAGUCAUAGGAAACGAAAAAUGGUUGUGGAUUCAACUUCAACGCAAGUUCUUAGAGAUUUAGAAAUUUCGUUACGUACAAAUCAUAUAGAAUGGGUAAGAGAAUUCUUAAACGAAGAAAAUCUCGGUUUGGAUGUAUUAAUCGACUACCUCAGCUUCCGACUUGGCAUGAUGCGACAUGAACAAAGGAUAGCAGAAUCUAGAACGGGUUCCGAAGAGAAGCUUAGUUCGGCAGGCCAGAACACUCUGAACAAUACUCAAACGACAUUAGAAAAAAAUAACGGCUACAUCAGAGCUCCUUUGGAUAUUCAGGAUAGUCCCAACGUAAAGAGGCGAUCGAAGCAUGUUGCAAAGCUGAAUAUGGGCGACUCCAAAGAUGAUAUUCACGUUUGCAUCAUGUGUAUGAGGGCCAUUAUGAACAAUAAGUAUGGUUUCAAUAUGGUUAUCCAGCAUCGAGAAGCUAUCAAUUGCAUAUCAUUAAGUCUUAUUCACAAAAGUUUACGUACUAAAGCCCUAGUUUUAGAGCUCCUAGCUGCCAUUUGUCUUGUAAAGGGUGGUCACGAGAUAAUAUUAUCCGCCUUCGAUAAUUUUAAAGAAGUUUGUCAUGAAAGGUACAGGUUUCAAACUCUUAUGGAUUAUUUUUUGAACUUCGAGGCCUUCCACAUCGAAUUUAUGGUGGCGUGUAUGCAAUUUGUAAAUAUUAUAGUACAUUCGGUAGAAGAUAUGAAUUUCAGGGUCCAUCUCCAAUAUGAAUUUACUGCCUUAGGACUUGAUAAUUAUCUAGAAAAGUUGCGAUUUACCGAAAGCGAGGAAUUGCAGGUUCAAAUCUCCGCAUUUUUGGACAAUGUUUUUGAUGUUGCUGCCCUGAUGGAAGAUAGUGAGACCAAAACAGCAGCACUAGAAAAAGUUGGCGAAUUAGAAGAUGAAGUGGCUCAGUUACACGAACGACUUCAAGAUAUUGAACAUAGGGCAUUAGAAAACAUUGCUAGUCUGGAAACAGAAUUGAUUCAAGUAAGGCAAGAGAGGGACGAACUAGUCGAAGUGAAAAAGAAAGCGGAUGAAGAAGUGUCGACUCUUAGGAGGGUGGUACAACAUCAUGAACAAGAGUCGAAAAAUAGACAGUCGAUGUUUGAAUCCAAAAUGGCAGAGCUGGAAACUAUGGGCAGUAUACCCAGGGGCACAUCAAUGCCUGGUAUCGCCGAUCUUGCCAAACAGCAACCACAAGAACCUCCAAAGAUUCCUGUUCCUCCACCUUGUCCGCCUCCAUGUCCACCUCCCGCUGCUCCUGCUGCCCCACCACCACCACCAUGUCCGCCCCCACCACCGUUAAGAUCCGGGGGAGGCCCAAAUAUUCCGCCGCCACCAGCUGGUUUUAUGCAGGCUCCGGAUGGAGCGAUGACUAUUAAAAGGAAAGUUCAGACUAAAUACAAGCUACCGACUGUCAAUUGGAUAGCCCUGAAACCAAACCAAGUCAGAGGGACAAUAUUUAAUGAAUUGGAUGAUGAUAGAUUGCAUUCUUGUAUUGACUUUAACGACUUUGAAGAAAGAUUUAAGAUUGGAAGUACAAAUAUUAUGUCGAACGGUGUAAAUGAAACGGAUGGACUACACACAUUCCCCAGUAAGAGAGGAAAGAAACCAGAACAUAUCACUUUAUUAGAACACACUAGGUUAAGAAAUAUAGCAAUAUCUAGGCGAAAACUGGAAAUGACACCCGACAAAGUAAUAAACGCAAUAAAUAUGCUAGAUCUGAAACAACUGUCCUUAGAAAACGUAGAACUUCUUCAGAGGAUGGUGCCCACCGAACAAGAAACUAAAGCGUACAGAGAGUAUCAGUUCGAAAAGAAGAACGUGAAUAUGUUAACAGAUGAAGAUAAGUUCUUACUUCAAUUAACCAAAGUCGAAAGGAUAUCAGCGAAAUUGUCUAUUAUGAGUUAUAUAGGCAACUUUUAUGAUAAUCUACAUCUUGUUACACCUCAAAUGCAUGCAAUAAUAUCAGGCUCGAAUUCCGUGAAAAACUCAAAGAAACUCAGAUCUGUGUUAGAAAUAAUUCUUGCCUUUGGCAACUACCUAAAUAGUAGUAAACGUGGACCAGCUUAUGGUUUUAAACUCCAAUCAUUGGAUACUUUGUUGGAUACUAAGUCGACUGAUAAACGCUUGUGCCUUUUACAUUACAUUGUUGCCACCAUACGGCAAAAAUUCCCGGAACUUCUAAAUUUCGAUAGCGAGCUUCAUUAUAUAGAGAAAGCAGCAGUAGUUUCUCUGGAAAACAUCAACACAGAUGUCAAUGAACUGGAAAAGGGCAUGGAAGCUGUUCGAAAAGAGGCAGAAAUUCGGGGUAGAGGUAGUCAUAGUCUAGUCGUUAGAGAUUUCCUUGCCAAUGCAGAAGAUAAACUUAGAAGACUGAAGAGCGACGCCAAAAUGGCGCAGGAGGCUUUCAGGGAGUGUGUCGAGUACUUCGCAGAAUCUCCAAGAACCACGGAUGCAAAUACAUUCUUUUCGUUGUUGGUGAGAUUUGUCAAAGCAUUUAAGACAACGGAUCAAGAAAACGAACAGAGGAGACGUUUGGAAUUAGCUGCGCAAAAUGCCAACAACAAAACAAAUGAAGAAGUUCAAAAGAGGAAUAAAAUCAAUCAGAAAAAGCAGCAGGAGGCUGUGAUAAAUGAACUAAAAACAAAAACGAGGAUGGUACAAGAAAAGAAAUUACUUCAACAAGACGAAGUCUACAACGGGGCCUUGGAGGACAUCUUAUUAGGAUUAAAGAGUGAGCCAUAUAGAAGAGCGGAUGCCGUAAGACGGAGUCAAAGGAGAAGGAUAGAUAAUAAUCGAUUGUCUAAAACUUUGGAGGAGAUGGAAGUGUAAAUAUUGUUUUUUUAGGUUUUAAGUUAUUUUUGAAGUUCACCAAUUAAAAAAAAUAUAUAAUCUAUGACUGUUAUGUAAAAGUAGAUAAUGAUCCUAUAAUUGAUUUUAGUUUAACAAAAGAUUACAUAUUAUUUAUCAGUUCAUUUUUAAAUUUGAUUAUUUAUCUUAAUAAAAAACAUAAAAUAUAAAACGUUAUUACAAGAAUAUAUUCUUUAUAUUGCCAACUGCCAUAUUUCCCUAAAAGUUAAAGAACUGUUGUCUUGAAUUGGUAUUUAGGUAUGCUUCAUGUUUACAAAGCGACUUUAAAUGUCUCAAAGUUAUCUUUUAUUUGUUCCCGCGUUACCCGAUUUACCAUUUUAUAUCUCCUGCCAGUUACUGAUCGCUUUGGCAACAAUUUUUGUACGCACAAUUUUUUGCAAAAAGUAGGCA